AUGGAGAUAAUGAAGUUGCGCAAAGAUCUCGAUAAUGCCAACUCUGCCUUCGAAAAUGCCGAAACUGUACUUCGUCGGAAGCACAACACCAUGAUUAAUGAGAUGACCAGCGAGGUUGAGAAUCUGCAAAAGCAGAAAGGAAAGGCUGAAAAGGACAAGAACCAGCUUAUGAUCGAGAUCGACUCUGUCCUCGGACAACUCGAUGGAGCCCUCAAAGCCAAGCAAUCUGCGGAAUCCAAGCUGGAGGGUCUUGAAAGUCAGCUUGCUCGCUUGAAGACUCUCACCGACGACCUUCAGCGCCAAGCGGCCGAUGCCAAUAACAUGAAAAGUAAACUGGCCGCGGAGAACUUCGAGUUGACUCGAAUCCUCAACUUUUCGAAGCUCAAGUCAGCGCUGGAGUCCCAGGUUGAUGACAUGAAGCGCUCCCUCGAUGAGGAGGCCCGCACUCGGCUAAAUUUGCAGACGCAAAUGGCUAGCCUCCAGAUGGACUACGAUAAUCUCCAGGCUCGAUUCGAGGAGGAAUCAGAGGCUGCCAGCGCACUCCGCAAUCAGGUUUCGAAAUUCAAUGCUGACAUGGCUGCCCUGAAGACCCGCCUGGAGCGUGAGCUGAUUGCUAAGACGGAAGAAUUUGAGGAGAUGAAACGUAAGCUCACCGUCCGCAUCAAUGAGUUGACUGACAUGGCCGAACAUGAGCGUACACGUGCUAAUAACCUGGAGAAGACCAAGAACAAACUCACUAUCGAAAUCCGCGAUCUUCAAACUGAAAAUGAAGCGCUGGCCGCGGACAACGCCGAGCUUACCCAUCGCGCCAAGGCUGCAGAAAAUCAGGCCGCUGAACUGCAGCGCCGUGUUGACGAACUGACCAUUGAAAUUAAUAACCUCACCUCGGCCAACAAUGCUCUCGAACAGGACAACAUGCGUCUCAAGGCUCAAGUCAAUGACCUUACCGAUCGAAUCAGCAACCUCGAUCGUGAGAAUCACCAACUCUCCGAGCAACUGAAAGAGACCAAGAACGCCCUGCGUGAUGCUAACCGCCGUCUCACUGACCUCGAGGCUCUGCGUUCGCAACUGGAGGCCGAGAGGGACAACCUUGCUUCUGCACUCCAUGACGCCGAGGAGGCCCUCAGAGACCUUGAAGCUAAAUACCAGGCUUCUCAGAACGCUCUGACUCACCUUAAAUCGGAGAUGGAACAGCGUCUGCGCGAGAAGGAUGAGGAACUGGAGAACCUGCGCAAGAGCACUACUCGCACUAUCGAGGAGUUGACUGCCACCAUCAGUGAGAUGGAGGUUCGCUUCAAGUCGGAGACGUCCCGUCUUAAGAAGAAGUACGAGGCUACCAUCAGCGAACUGGAAAUGCAACUGGAUAUGGCGAACAAGGCCAACGCUAACCUCAACCGCGAAAACAAAGCCCUCGCUCAACGUGUUCAAGAGUUGCAGGUCGCCCUCGACGACGAACGCAGAGCUCGUGAAGCCGCGGAAGGCAACCUUCAGGUGGAGUUACCGUUUAUAGUCUCCCUUCCAGAAGAUGCAAGCGAACGCAAACGCAUCCAACUUACCGCCGAGAUUGAAGAAAUUCGCAGCUCCCUUGAGGUUUGCGAACGCGCUCGCAAGAACGCUGAGAACGAGCUUGGUGAGGCAAACAACCGUGUUAGUGAGCUGACAUUGCAAGUGAACGCUUUGACCAACGACAAGCGUCGUCUUGAGGGUGACCUUGGUGUCAUGCAGGGCGACCUUGAUGAAGCAGUCAAUGCCCGAAAGGCCGCUGAGGACCGUGCUGACCGUCUGAAUGCUGAGGUUCUUCGUCUCGCUGACGAACUGCGCCAAGAGCAGGAGAACUACAAACGUGCUGAGGCCCUUCGCAAACAGCUCGAAAUUGAGAUCCGUGAGAUCACCGUCAAGCUUGAGGAAGCUGAAUCCUUCGCUACCCGAGAGGGCCGCCGCAUGGUGCAGAAACUCCAGGUAUUAAGGCUUAAGGUUCCUUUUAACUGCUCAGAGUAUGCGCAAAAUGGUAGUCUUACCGUAGUUGCAUUUGGUUAA